AUGUCGUUGGUAGACAGCAAUGCCGUGUUUGAGAGCAGGGCUCUGGCCAUAGGCAUUAGCCAAGACACAGUGAAUGCACUGGGUUUACGUGGCUGGGUGACGCAUGCCACCUUCGCCUUCUCAGCGCCACACAAAAAGGAGGCAGAGCCAAAGAGGACGAGGGAGGAUCCAGCGUCCAACAAGAAGAAUGCAGCAGAGGCGGCAAAGCUCAAGCGUUUGCGCCGCACUCCAAUGCCCAAACAGCUCAGGGGCGGCACACCAUGCGAUGACAACGGAAAACCGUACUGUUUUGCUUUCAAUUUGGGCUCUUGCCAGAAUGGAGAUGAUUGCAAAAAGGGAAUGCACCUUUGUUGCAAGAAGGGGUGCGGGAAGAAGCACUCCUAUGUGUCGGCCCACAAGGGCUCUUGA